AUGGGGGAGUCAAGUAUAGAACGACAAGUGCCUAUCGAAUCUCUCGUGAAAUGCAAGAUGCAAGACAACCUCGAGUUUCUCCAAUGGUCAAAACGGUAUUGGGAUCAGUACUUUCCUGGGGGCGAGUAUGAUGCGAUAGCGCGACGUAAAGGGGCCGGAGCACCCACCGCAGCUCCGCCUGCUCCCGCUGCAUCAGCUGCCAGAACCUCCGGGGUUGGAGCCGCCAGGCGGGGCACGACACCAACGACAGCUGCACGACCAGGCGGGGCAAAGACAGGCGGGGCAGCAAGUGCAGCGGUUGUGAGCGAAAACAAUCAGCUCAAGGAGACGGUUGGUGGGUUAGAGAGAGAGCGCGAUUUUUACUUCGCGAAGCUACGAGACAUUGAAUUAUUGCUGCAGAAUGCCGUCGAAGCGGACCCGAAACUAGAGGAAGAUGAGGACGGCUUUGUCAAACAAAUCCAACAGAUAUUAUAUUCGACUGAGGUGAGACUUCGGAACUACGACCUCCUCUUAUAG